AUGACCCUCUCCCAGCCUGGUUCAGCGGAGAAGACCAUCCGCAAAAUCGAUAUUGCCCAAGUGUCCCUCAGUCUACAGGACCGGUUGGGCCUCGCCAAACUCAAGUACCAACAUGGGCGUCUGCAUGGGUUGGGCUUGACUCAAGAUAGCCGACUCGGUAUUGAUAGUGACAAGCCCUCCGACUCGUCGUCCGAGUUCUCUCGCAGCCGCUGCGAGACCCCCUUCACCUCCCCACCCCUUCGGGCCUCGACCUACUCCAAGGAACUCCCUCGAUCCGCCCGCAACAAACAUGCCGUUACCUUCAACUCCCGACUGAUGCUGCCGAUGCUGCCGGCCAAUCGCAAGCGACUCCGGUCCGACUCGGACUCUGAGCGUCCGGCGAAGGCCCCCCGGGUCUCAUGGAAGAGUUCCUACCAGCUGCCAGAAUCGUCACCGGCAAUCAACCGUCAUCCUCCGCCCCGUCCGAGGCACGUCCCGUUUAUGUCUGAGGCAACCAUCCCGGAGCUGUCUUCUCCCGCAUACCAUGGGCCGUCGGACGAGGAAAAUGACCCGGACCUGCCCCUGCACAGUUUUCAGAACAUGAGCUCCAUGGUUGGGUCCUCGCCUCCACGCACCCCUCCACCGAAGCACUCACGGCUGGCACGAUCCGAUCAUGCCUUGAAGCACGAGGACGGCGCAGACCUGCUGCUCACAGGCCUUCCCCCGUCAACCCCACCCAGCCAGCAUGCUGUGAUGCCAUCAUUGACCCCCACACCCGGUGCGGGAGGAUUCCCCAAUUUUGGCACUCCAAAUCAGCAGUUCAACUUUGCUGAUUUUGUGAAUGUCACUCCGAGUCCAGCCCAGCCUGCCUGGGGCAACCGCACUCCUGGUAAUCCUUCUCGGACUCCUCUGGCAACCAAGGAAGCCCGCAAGCGCUUGAACUUUGACAGCCUGGCUCCUCCCAACACCUCGAGCCCCCGAGUUCCUGGAAAGGACUCGGGCUUGGCCUUGCAACUUGGGGGUGAACUGCGGCCAUGA